CGUACAUUUUUGGUUGGCCUAAAGAGCAACACUGUAAUGAGUAAAAUUUUUAUUGCGCAUCAUGCAUGUACAGUUUUGGUUUGGCCUAAAGAGCAACACGUGUAAUAAGUAAAAAAUUUAUCUUUCCAAAACCUAUAUAAAGAAGACCGCUUUAGAGUUCCCACAGUAUACGCUACUUCUCCUUCCAAAACAGAGAGAAAUAGGUAGCUAAGAGAAGUAGAAGAAUCCAUGGCCGACAUUGCUAAGAAAUGGCUUCCUCUUGAAGCUAACCCUGAUGUCAUGAAUCAGUUCCUUUGGGGUAGUGGUGUUCCACCGGAUGAGGCAGAGUGCUAUGAUGUUUAUGGGUUGGAUGAAGAACUUUUGGAAAUGGUGCCUAAGCCGGUCCUUGCUGUUUUGUUUCUGUAUCCUCUCACAUCACAGACUGAAGCAGAGAGAGUACAGCAAGACAGCCAAACAAAGGUGCGGGACGGCACCAGUACCGUUUACUUCAUGAAACAAACAGUGGGAAAUGCAUGUGGUACAAUUGGCCUACUUCAUGCUAUUGGGAAUAUUACCUCAGAGAUUAAACUUGAUGAGGGCUCAUUCUUGGACAAGUUCUUUAAAUCAACUGCACACAUGGACCCGAUGGAGCGUGCUUCAUUCCUUGAAAGUGAUAGAGAAAUGGAAGUUGCUCAUUCAGUAGUAGCUACUGCUGGUGACACUGAGGUUCCAGUAAAUGUGGACACCCAUUUCAUCUGCUUCACAUGUGUUGAUGGACAACUUUAUGAACUUGAUGGAAGGAAGUACAGACCAAUUUCACAUGGUACAUCUACUCCAAGUAGCCUGUUACAGAUUUCAUGUGAAUCUGAACCUCAUCGACCACAAUCUGAAUACUUUAACCUGUGAGAUCAGUUAGAACCUGCAUGUUGGAGGUCUACACAAUUGUCACUUAUCUGGGCUUUGAAGAUAUACAAUUUUACAUGAAAGGCGAAUAUUAAGCAAGUGCUCGCUAUCUGAAAACUCUCUAGCAGACCAAAUUGAGACGGGGAAAUACAAUAAAAUUUGUGCGACAAUGGCUGCAGGCUGACCAUAGUGUUUCCUUGGAGAUGCAAACCUACCCUUUUACUAGUAGUCAUGAUAAAAUUCCUUUUUACGGAUAAGUUAUAUUAACUUUAGAACAAACACAUCUGAUACACUCAAUUCAGGGUGCUGAUUCAAGUAAUCGAACAGCAUACUGCAAUAUGUUCUUUCCGGAGGGACCAUUAACCUUAUUAAAUUCUCUACAAUUGAGUGAUGAAUUGAGUCAGAACGUGUGUGAUGAAACAAUGAUUUUGUAAUAACACUUGUUAUUGGGGUAACCACGGAGUUAUCUGAAUUUUUCCGUAAAACUAUUGUGUGGGGUAUAUUGUU